GCUGGCAGCGGAGGGAGGGCUGGCCAUGUCAGUGAUCAAUGUCAUGACUUCUUCCGCGGGCUGGAGCCGCAGCAGAACGCAGCUGAAGGAAGCUGAUUGCUGCGGGUGCGAACAGGCUGGGAACAAUACACAAAGACGCACACCCGCACGGGCGGACACACGCCCGCACACACCGGCGCACACACGGGCGGACACGGCACGCACACACGCACAUCCAGGCACACGCGUCCCAGCACGCACACACUCACGUCCCAGCACACACACGCUCGCGUCCCAGCACACAUACACACACACACACAUCCCAGCACACACAAGAGCACACACACACGGACGGACACACAUCCGCGCACACACGCACAUAACAAACAAACACGCACAGGCAGCCCGCACCCUGGCUCCCGCUCCGCCGCUCCGCGCCCGGGGGGAAGAUGAGCUCGGGGGACGUGGUUUGCACUGGAUGGCUCAUCAAAUCACCCCCCGAGAAGAAACUCAAGAGAUACGCCUGGCGGAAGCGCUGGUUUGUGCUGCGUAGGGGCCGCAUGAGUGGGAAUCCGGACGUGCUGGAAUACUACAGGAACAACCACUCCAAAAAGCCCAUCCGCAUCAUAGACCUCAAUGAAUGUGAAGUGCUGAAGCACUCAGGGCCCAACUUCAUCAAGAAGGAAUUUCAGAACAACUUUGUGUUCAUCGUGAGAACCACCUACCGCACCUUCUACCUGGUAGCCAAGACUGAGGAGGAGAUGCAGAUCUGGGUGCACAAUAUCAGCCAGAUCUGUAACUUUGGACAUCUAGAAGAUGGCACAGGUUCUGUGGAGAGCCUGUCUCACACGACCUCGUCCCCACAGCCCUCGCCGGCUGCCUCCACCCACACCUCCCGCAUCGCCGACCCCUCCUUCUCAGUCGAUCACACAGCUGCUGAUGCUGUCGCCGAGGAGACCCCCAGCGAGUCUGAGUCAGUCUUCCUCCCUGACUACCUGUUCCUGUCCAACUGUGAGUCAGGCAAGCUCAGCCACAGCAGGUGUGACAGCUGGUCAAAUUCCGACAGAUCUCUGGAGCAAACAUCAUCAGACGAGGUUUUUGUUGACUCCUUGCAAUCCCAGCCCUCCUUGUACCUUGUACAGCCAACCAGUGCUGGCUCUGUGCACCAGGUUGGAGCGCCAGUGACAAAUCCCAGCAUUGUCUCCAGGAACAUAGACAUUGGUAGGCCAUCCAGUGACGUUUCCUCCUCUUCUCCACUGCUGGGGAUGCCACUAACACCAACAUUUCAGAUUGACAAGAGCCAAAAUCCACUGCCCUAUGGUGUAAUGCAGCUGGAUGUGCUGUCCAACACUCCCCCACCACGGCCACCCAAGCCAACCCACUUUUCAGACAGGAGAGGAGAUGAGGUGGCCCUCCAGAAUGGGCACACAGAGAUCUGCCAGGCUCAGGGUGCUCUGGUGCCCAGAAGGAUCUCAUUGUCCAGCUUGGACAACAUGAGGAACUGGAAAGACAUGGAAGGCAGUUCCCUAAGAAGUCGAGAUAAGAGGCUUAGCUUGAAUUUGCCGUGCCGAUUCUCCCCGCUGUACUCGACGGCUGCGGACAGCACGGAGGACAGCUACGUGCCCAUGCGCCCCAGCACCUCUCCCUCCGCGCCCGGCUCCGACUGUUCCCCCGAUGGCUACAUCCCCAUGAGCCCUGGCUCAGCCACCUUCACCUUCCCUGUCGUCAGCACUGAAAAACUCACCAGCCCAUUGCCUGAGCUUCCCUCUGAUGUGGAGCCCCCCCCAGUGAACCGAGAUCUCAAGCCUCGUAGGAAGUCACGACCACCUCCUCUGGACUUGAGGAACCUCUCCACAAUCCGAGAGCAUGCUGCUGUGACCAGGAUGUGGACUGUGCCUUACAAUCGAAUGAGCUUUAUCUCACCAGAAAGAGACGGUAUUAAUUCAGCGAGAAUAUUUGCCAAUUCAGUUUCCGGAGAAGAGGAAGAAAGUUACAUUCAUAUGGAACACAGACAGGCCACCUCUCCAUACAGUGGUGUUUUUCCAUGGACAAGGAAAUCUAACCUUGAUUACUUAGCACUGGAUUUUAACUCUGCUUCCCCAUCCCCUGUGCAGAAGAAACCUUUUCUGUCUGAGGAACAGAGAGUGGACUAUGUCCAGGUAGAUGAACAGAAGACUCAAGCUUUACAGAACACUAAGCAGGAAUGGACAGAUGAAAGACAAUCAAAAGUGUAAAGGAAGAAGAUUUGGGAUCUGGAAGGGUUUUGUUUUUUUUGCACUGGAACCACAAUGUAAAUGAUGCAGCUAUCACAGUAGAGCUCAAAGGCAGAGAGAGUCGUAAGAUGGUUUCAGUCUGUAGAGGCAUUUUUACUGGAAACCUUUGAUUUCAGCUGGAAAAUGUAUGUUGAGUGAAUGUUUGACUGAUGACUAAAGUAAUGCAUUAGACUUUUUUCCUGCCCUUACCAGUAUGCUACAUGGUACCAUUUUCUGGCAUGAUUCUGCAACGAGUCAUACACUUAACAUUAACAAAUCCACUACAAGUUGUAUUAAUCUAGUUCAUCCUGCCUUCUUCUGUUGCAUAAUUCCUAGUUGCUAAAGCUAUUUUUUGACAUUCCUACAAAUGCUGCAGGUGCUCAGAGUGCUUUUAUGGCAGCAGGCAUCUGACAGGUUUUGGUGACUAAUCAACUAAGGGCUAAAAUACUGAAACAAUAAAAAUAACUUUUUGAACAUAUAGUGCUUAAGCAAAGAGAAUUUUGAAAAGUGUUUUUCCCCUAGGUUUAAAAGGUCUGGCUAUGAGCUGAUGCUGUCAGAACUCAAAACAGGACUAUGUACCCAUGGGACUGGAAUGCAUGGUCUUUGACCUUCUGGAUGAUGGUCAUUGUAUUAAGCUUCUUCCCUCCAUUGUGGGUCAUACUUGUCACUUUUCUGUCUGACUCCUACUUAUGUUUUCUCCCCUGUCUUAGGAAGUGUCUUUGGCACAGUACAGCUUCUCUUCUAGUGGGAGGCUGCAGCCACCCAUUUCUUGGCUGGCCGAAAAAUAGAAAGGGAAGCAGUGAGCCUAUUUCUGCAAGUCUUGAGAGAACUAGAAAAGGAUCAAGACUGCUUUCAUCUGAACAGCAUAAGAAAUUCCAUUGGAAUUUCUGGUAGCAGUCAUCAAUCUGAUUGUUUCACUAGACCCAAACCCCCCCCCCCAAAAUAAAAAAGAGCAUUAGGAAGUACAGCAUGCUCUGAGAGAGGCCAGGAGCCUGCAAAAACAGCACAGCACUGCACUCAUGCAGCAUGAGGACCUCUGAGCUCAGGAAGUUUCUCUACCUUGGGACUUGUUACAGGCACUAUCUCAGGAUGACAUAUGCGUAUAGUUUAUUAGAUAUUUAAACACUUGGCUGCAGUCUUUAUUUUACAGUGGCACACAGCCACUUGGCUCGUGGAAGUAGGCAGUGAUGCUGAGUGAGCCACACUGGAUCUGGUAUCACAGGCUUUGGUCCUGUAUGUGAAUCCAAAUAGCCAUAAGAGGUCUGAUCCUGUCAACAUGGGCAGACAGACAGGACCCUU